AUGCAACGCUCCCUUGCUGCCGACAACCUUGAAAGCUUGCUUGGUAUGCCUUGCAGCCAACUAUUUAGUACUCAGGUGGUACAUGCUGCUGGCCUAGUAUGCCGAUCACCGGGUUUGGCAUCCUCCAGCAAAAGACAGAUAGUACCGCCUUUGCAGAAAUCGCAGACUUUAUUUGGCCCAUGCUACUCAGUCGACCCAAUAUCGGAAGCCCAAGCACAGGCCUUGAGCUGUGAAAUCAUAGGUCUUCUGCACAGAACUAUUUUCUCUGCCUUCUAUCGUUCAGGAUCAGGUGGCAUGCUUGAUGAUCCUAACAGCGUGGUUAAAUCCGACAUCUAUUUGGUAAAUAUUUUACCCAUUCUACCAUAA